AUGGGCAGCAACUGGCAGCAACGGGCAGCACAGGCACGGGCAGCAACAGGCGGCAACGGGCAGCACAGACACAGGCAGCAACAGGCAGCAACGGGCAGCACAGGCACGGGCAGCAACGGGCGGCAACGGGCAGCACAGGCACAGGCAGCAACGGGCGGCAACGGGCAGCACAGGCACGGGCAGCAACGGGCGGCAACAGGCAGCACAGGCACGGGCAGCAGCGGGCGGCAACAGGGAGCAAAGGCACGGGCAGCAACGGGCGGCAACGGGCAGCGCAGGCACGGGCAGCAACGGGCGGCAAUGGGCGGCACAGGCACGGGCAGCAACGGGCGGCAACAGGCAGCACAGGCACAGGCAGCAACAGGCAGCAACGGGCAGCACAGGCACGGGCAGCAACAGGCGGCAACGGGCAGCACAGGCACGGGCAGCAACGGGCGGCAACGGGCAGCACAGGCACGGGCAGCAACGGGCGGCAACAGGCAGCACAGGCACGGGCAGCAACAGGCAGCAACGGGCAGCACAGGCACGGGCAGCAACGGGCGGCAACAGGCAGCACAGGCACGGGCAGCAACGGGCACCACAGGCACGGGCAGCAACAGGCGGCAACGGGCAGCACAGGCACGGGCAGCAACGGGCGGCAACAGGCAGCACAGGCACGGGCAGCAACAGGCAGCAACGAGCACAGGCAGCAACAGGCAGCAACGGGCAGCACAGGCACGGGCAGCAACAGGCACGGGCAGCAACAGGCAGCAACGGGCAGCGCUGCUGCUGCUGGGGUAG